CCAGAAGUAGGCGUGCAGGCCCUGAAGAAGCAGUCACGAAUUGGAGGGGACUUUCUUAACCAAGAAUUAAGAAAGAAGUCUGGAGCUUGUGGCCGAGGCCCGACUGUACCCGGCCGGUUGGAAAGAAGUCUUCCCCGUGGAGGAGGAUAGUGGGGAAGGGGAGAAGAGAGACCUGGAAGAUGCUGGGCAGGUUUGGUGAGGAGGGAACGAAAGCCAGUCAGAUGACCCUUCUCCAGACUUAGAUCAGCCUUUCCAGAGUUCCUAUAGCAUCUGCCCCAAUUUCAGCUGAAGAUUCAGGGGUCCCAGGGACUGGAAGAAAUCACAGUGCCUGCUUGGAAAGAAGAAGAGAUAGCGACUUGCCCCAGCUCAACCCCAGAGCGGCUCCGGAGUUGGGCUGCUCUCAACCAAGCUGUCUGUUUAUAUGGAGUGCCUGGAAGGCGUCUGCCAUGAGUCUGUCGCUAACCGUGCUAACCAGGAGAGCUGGCUGGUUGGGGAGAAGACACUAACCCUGUGGAGUGGGUGGAGUCAGGCUCCCCACCACCUUUCACAUGUCGAGCUUCAGGUGGACUUUAACCGAGAAGAGCUGCAAGGGCACCUCAGCUACGACAGGCGGGCCCUGGCUUUGGACUCCGCAGUGGGCUUGGGACUGGGAGAAGCCUUGGCCUCAGACUGGGAGGCUGGUGAACAGCUUGCCGUGGAGAAGCUCCCAGCAGACUGCCUUCCAGGUGAAUUAUGAAGAAGAGUUUUAAUGUUUUUAGUGGUGAUGUGUGGCCCCUCUCUGAUGGUCCCUCAUUUGCUUGAGUCAAUGACAGCUGUGGAGAAAGGACUAUUGGAGCUGUUGGCUAGAGGAAGUGGAGGGGCCGUGGGAUGCGGAGAGCUGAGGGCUAACUCUGGGACAGCGGAACAGAGAGAGCUGCCGACCGUCAGACGCAGGUUGAGAAGCCCUCACCUCCCAGAAUGACCAGCGCAGCCCCUGCUAAGAAACCGUACCGUAAGGCCCCACCUGAGCAUCGUGAGUUGCGGCUGGAGGUUCCUGGAUCCCAGCUGGAGCAGGAGGAACCCCUGACUGAUGCAGAGAGGAUGAAGCUCUUACAGCAGGAGAACGAGGAGCUCCGCCGGCGCCUGGCCUCGGCCACCAGGCGCACCGAGGCCCUUGAGCGCGAGCUGGAGAUCGGGCAGGACUGCUUGGAGCUGGAGCUGGGCCAGAGCCGUGAGGAGCUGGACAAAUUUAAGGACAAGUUCCGCAGGCUUCAGAACAGCUACACGGCUUCCCAGAGGACCAACCAGGAGCUGGAGGACAAGCUGCACACGCUGGCCUCUCUUAGCCACAGCUGGAUCUUUGCAAUCAAGAAGGCUGAGAUGGACAGGAAGACACUGGACUGGGAGAUCGUGGAGCUGACCAACAAGCUGCUGGACGCCAAGAACACCAUCAACAAGCUGGAGGAGCUCAACGAGCGGUACCGGCUGGACUGCAACCUGGCUGUGCAGCUUCUCAAGUGCAACAAGUCCCACUUCCGCAACCACAAGUUCGCAGAUCUGCCCUGUGAGCUACAGGACAUGGUUCGGAAACAUCUGCACGGUGGUCAAGAGGCUGCCAGCCCGGGCCCUGCCGCUAGCCUGAUGCCAGGGGCCGUGGUACCCACCUCAGUCAUUGCCCGGGUGCUGGAGAAGCCAGAGUCUCUACUGCUUAACUCAGCCCAGUCAGGCAGUGCCGGGCGCCCCUUGGCCGAGGAUGUCUUUGUGCACGUGGACAUGAGUGGUGGGGGCUCGGGUGACCCAGCCAGUCCCCCGGCCCCUGGCAGUCCCACCCCACAACCCAAUGGGGAAUGCCGCUCCCUGGGCACUGCUGGGGGCUCCCCAGAGGAGGAGCUGCCCCUGCCAGCCUUUGAGAAACUGAGCCCCUACCCCACCCCAUCCCCACCACACCCGCUGUAUCCUGGCCGCAAGGUAAUUGAGUUCUCUGAGGAUAAGGUGCGAAUCCCCCGCAACAGCCCCCUGCCCAACUGUACUUACGCCACCCGCCAGGCCAUUUCCCUGAGCCUGGUGGAGGAGAGUGGUGAGCGGGCGCGCCCCAGCCCAGUGCCCAGUGGCCCUGCCUCAGCCCAGGCCUCACCCCAUCACGAGUCCAGCCCUGUCCCCCCAGCACUCAGUGCCCCGGCCAGCUCUGCCAGCUCUGAGGAGGACCUGCUAGCCAGCUGGCAGCGGGCAUUUGUGGACCGCACUCCACCUCCAGCCGCUGUGGCCCAGCGCACAGCCUUCGGACGUGAUGCCCUCCCUGACUUGCAGCGCCAUUUUGCCAUUAGCCCCACUGACAGAGAUGAGGAGGUUCCGGCACAUUCUUCCCCACCUGGUGAGAGUGGUCUUUUGCUGCCAACAGAAGCUGAUUCUGGCCUUCCCAGGGAGGAGGAGGAAGAGCUGAACCUGCCCGUCAGCCCUGAGGAAGAACGCCAGAGUCUGCUGCCCAGUGACAAUGGCACAGAUCAGGGGCCUGUCACUUCCCACACCGAGGGCAGGGCCUGGGCACUCCCCAGCUCCAGCCGUCCCCAGCGCAGCCCCAAGAGGAUGGGGGUGCACCACCUUCACCGCAAGGACAGCCUGACGCAGGCCCAGGAGCAGGGCAACCUGCUCAACUAGGGCCCCUGCUCGCCCUCCUGCCCCCGCUGCUCUGCAUCCUGUGCGGUGGGGUCAGGUGGGCCACACCAGGCCUUCUAGCUGCACUGCCUGUGACGGGCACCGGCUUGUCUCAUGGCUUUUCCCUUUUCUUUGUGGAAUAUUUAUUCCCUAAGGGUAACAUGCAGCUGGGGCUCAAGACCUUUCUUCCAGUCGCCCAGAUUGGGCUGUUCUGGGGUGCUGAGGGGUCCAUUAUAUCAGUGUUCAUCUUCCAUCCCCCUUUCCUACCCACAAGUUUAUUUUUUGUGUUUUUUAUUUUUCCUGGGUUUGGGAGGGGGACGUCGUCGGGGAUUAUUAACCUCUAAUUUCUAUUUUCUGCCUGUUUUCCUCUCCCCUCAAGUCCUCUGCACAAGCUGUUGCCUUCAAGGGGCCCUUGGGGGAUGAGGGAUAGGACUCACUCAGGGCUCGCCUCAGCUGUGUCCAUCCUCCCUCUGGAAGGGAGGAGAGGGAGGGAUUCAGGGGUCAAGCUGGGCUCUAGGUGAGGCCUGGCCCCCUCCUGACCUUGGCUCUAGACUGUUACUCCCAGCUUUGGGAUGUUUUCACAUCAAUGACUAUUUUAAAAUUAAAACUAUUUUACUGA